UUAUUUCAAAUAAACAAAAAGAAGACGUUAUCUUGAUUACGUCAUCUUAUCCGUCUUCACAAAAGCAUAGCUUCAAGUCACCGAAGCAUCCACUCUCCAGUACAGAUUUAGUUUAGAAGGAAGAAGGAAGGGGAAAAUGGAUGGAUUGCAGGAAAUGGGGAUUCCAAUGCUUGGGAUUGUUGCUGCUGCCGCCAUUACCUUCUACGCUGUAAGCUUUUCAGAGCUUCGAGAGAAAUCAUUCAAAGAUUUGGAUGAAUUGGAGGAUCAGAAAGGAGGGUUUCAGAUGACUUCAAGUUCUAGAGAAAGGCGAGCAAGAAGGAAGGCUGAAAAGGAAGCUAAAAGAUGAUCAUUUUAUCGUGUUUACAUCCUUAAACAAGGACGCCGACUGAUUCAAAUGGAAAAGUAGGUCCAGUCCUCCUUGAUGGAUUAUAGCAGUUUUAUUGUACCAACAAAUCAUUGGAUCUUUGAAAUGUUUGUCCACUUUUAAGGUUUCUCUGUCAUUCUGAACAAUGAAAGUAAAAUUCGAAAAGAACAGGGGUAUGAACGUACUUGUAGAUCUUGAGUGUUUCAAGUGAGACCGGAUGUCCAGAAUAAGUAAAUCCAUGAGAAAAGGAACCUGGAAGUAAUAUUGUUGGAUAAAGAAAAUAGGCUAUCAGCUACUGGAGUUGGAGAUUUUAUAUUAACAGUAAUUGACUAGUUUAUUGUAUAAGCAGUAUACCUAGCUCGUUGCUAUGGGAGUAAUACCACAUCAAAGAUUUCAGGGUUAAUGAUCAGGAAGGUAAGCCGAUGAUAGUGUCUACAGUGUGCAGUAGACUAUUAGGCUUGAUAGAAACAAUGAAAAGCCUAAACUAAGCAAGA